CACACCUCUGGCAGCAUCUGUGACUCAACACAUCUUGUGACUAGGUUCUCUCACUCACUCUCUCCCACCGUCUUAAAACUCCCCUCUCCCCCCCAACUCUCCUUCCUCCAAUUUGUUCCUCAUCUUCCACUCCUUUGGUUUUCAUCCUCUUGAGAAACUUUCUGCUUUGAUAACUCCGUUAAGUACGUUUCAGUUUUAAAUUCUGGAUCCGUCACUGCUAUAAAGGUUUUUUCGCACCUCAUUUUUGAGUCUUGGAAUCGUCGUUCGACGCACCUCAUUUUUCAAAUCCUGAAUCCGUCGUGGUGACGAAAAAUGCAAGACCACAUUGGCAUUCCUGCUUGCUUCUCCUCAGGUGAGAAGUUAAGUGAUGAUGCAUCAGCUGUGGCUAGGUCAGGCCACAGUGUCUACAUGAGAGUGUACAGAACCAAGAUAGCCGAUCAGAGCCGCUUGAUCACGAUCACAUGGUGCAAAAACCUGCUCCUCCAUGGCCUAUCGGUGACGAUGGAGGGCCCGGAUGGAGAUCAAACCCAGCAGCACACCCAACACAGCUUCAAAGUUGAGCUCAAGCCAUGGUACUUCUGGAGGAAGCAAGGCUCCAAGCGCUUUGUGGUUGAUGGGAAGGCAGUGGAGAUCUUCUGGGACCUCAAGGCCGCAAAAUUCAACGGCGGGACGGAGCCCAAAUCAGAGUACUACGUUGCGGUUCUUUGUGACAAGGAAGUUGUUUUGCUUCUUGGUGAUCUCAAAAAAGAUGCAUACAGAAAAACAGGUUUUAGACCUGCCCUCACUGAUCCCACUUUGGUUUCUAAAAAAGAGCACAUUUUUGGUAAGAAAAAGUUUUCCACAAAAGCUAAGUUUUAUGAAAAAGGCAGGCUGCAUGAAAUUGCAAUUGAAUGCAAACACAGAGGUGGCGGUGGCGGCGACGGGAGCAUUGGGAGUGGAAGUACCCUAAAUGGGGUGGAGCCGGAGUUGGAGAUUAGGGUUGAUGGGCAUUUGGUGGUUCAUGUGAAGCAUCUUCAAUGGAAGUUUAGAGCCAAGUUUGCCUGCUUCAAGUACAUCUCUGUCACCGUUAUCGAGAACCUCGUCAUCCUCGCCGCCAUUUUCUUCAUCGGCAUCAACUCCAUUGUCCUCUCAGACUAGUUCUGCAUCAGUAGAAGGGAUUAAUGCAAGUUCUGCUGGUUCAUCCGAGUUUUGCUUAUUUCUUUAUGCCUGGAAGAUUGAAUGAGAAAAUGUAUCUAUCUCUUGGUAGACUAUACUCAUCAUCACUUACGAAGACAUUAUUGUGACGGUGUUUCAAGUUCGCACAAUGAUAGUUUCUCAAGUUAUUCACGCAUAUAACAUGUACAUUAUGUGAUUGAUUUGGAAUAUGAUUGGUUUCAUCACCAGAGGAAUGAGCUAGGGUGGCAAAUGAAAUGGGACAUCAAGGAAUGGGGACAGCAUGGGACGGUGAGGAUGCAGAUUGGAUUGAUUGUUGGAGAAUUGGAUUGGAAAAAGAGGUGGAGCGCAAGAGGGAGAGGGGUUGGAGGUUAGUUACAGCUGGGAUUGAGCAAAUGGGCAUGAUUGGAGAAAGACAGACAAAAUACACAUAUGAAUGCCCAAUAAGUUUCCAACCUAGAGAGGCAUCUUUCGACAUAUUAUAUUUUUUUUAUACAAAAUUUCUCUUUCCUCUUUCUUGAUCUAAUCUUGAUAAUUGAGCAACUUUCUUCUAC